AUGCCUGAAGAAGUGAUUGGUGAAAAUCAUCACAUGGUUGAUACCAACAAAUCACCAAAACACAAGCCUAACCUAUUUUAUGAUGAUGUACUCUUUGAAAUUUUAAGUUUCAACUCUGACUUUCAAUUUAUGGUAAAUUGUGCACUUGUUUCCAAACAGUGGUUUGCUGUCAUAUCCGAAAGGUCAAAAGUUUUUUUAAGAUGUGAAAAUACAAUGAAACCACCACAAGGACAGUUUUUAGCAAAUAUUUCAACACUUGAAUUUGAGAGAAGGACUGAUGCGUUUGAUUUUAAAGUUUUUGCAUUGAUGAAACAUGUUACAAGUCUUGAAAUUGAUGACAAUAUUGAGGGUACUACUAAUGAAAAUGGUAUUGGUGUAGAAGGAGCAAAACAUGUUAGUGAAAUGAAACAAUUAACUAAUCUUUAUGUUAAUGCCAAUAAUAUUGGUACAGAAGGAGCAAAAUUUUUAAGAGAAUUGAAAAACUUGACAUAUCUCAAUAUUAGUGAAAAUGAUAUUGGUGUAGAAGGAGCAAAGUAUAUUAGUGAAUUGAAGCAAUUGACAGAUCUUGAUAUUAGUUACAAUAAUAUUGGUACAGAGGGAGCAAAAUACAUAAGUGACUUGAAACAAUUGACAACUCUUGAUAUUGAGUCCAAUAAUAUUGGUACAGAAGGAGCAAAAUAUAUUAGUGAAUUGAAUCAAUUACAAGUUCUUAAUAUCAGUUAUAGUAGCCUUGGUGAUAAAGGAGCUCAAUAUAUCAGUGAAAUGAAACAAUUAACACAUCUUUACAUUAGUGAUAGCUUGAUUCGUUCAGAAGGAGCAAAAUAUAUAAGUGAAAUGAAGCAAUUGACAAAUCUUUUUAUUGAGAACAAUGAUAUUGAUGAUGAAGGAGCAAAACAUAUCAGUACCAUGAAAGAAUUGACAAAGCUUUAUAUGCAAGGGAAUAGAUUAAUUAGUGAUGAAGGAGCAAAAUAUUUAAGUGAAUUGAAAAAUUUAACAGUUCUUUUUAUUGGUGACAAUCGUAUUGGUAAUGAAGGUGCAAAACAUUUAAGUGAAUUGAAAAAUCUAACAAGUAUUUAUGUGAGCUACACUGAGAUUGGUGAUGAAGGAGCAAAAUAUUUAAGUGAAUUGAACAAGUUAACAAUUCUCCAAAUUGGUUACAAUGGUAUUGGUGCUGAAGGAGCAAAACAUAUUAGUAACUUGAAAGAAUUGACAAUGCUUAAAAUUCAAUACAAUAAUAUUGGUAAUGAGGGAGCAAAGUAUAUUAGUGAAUUGAAACAAUUGACAGAUCUUGAUAUUAGUUACAAUAAUAUUGGUACAGAGGGAGCUGAUUAUUUAAGUCAAAUGAAACAAUUAACACAUCUUGAAAUUGAAACAAAUAGUGAUGCAGAAGAAGGAGAAAACAUGUAA